AUGCAUAAACUUAAACGUCUUAGGAGACGUGAAGUUCCUGUUGAUGUUCAUAGUGAAGACGAAGAAGAAUUCGACGUUACACGUGGAGCACUUGAGUCUAGUGAUCUAUCUGAUUCAGAGGCAAGUUGUGAAGAAUCUGAUGUAGAAAGUGAAGCGUCUCACAGUGAAGGUGAAGAAGAAACGCAGGAAGAGGCUGGUUCUAUCAAAGAGACAUUAGUAACAAGAGAAGAAUUAAUUCCAACAAAAGAAAACGUAAAACCUAUUCACGAAAAAACUAAUUCUCUUAUUGAAGAUACGAUUUCAACUUCAAGUGAAGACCUUCCUGAAUCCGGUACAAAGUCGAAAGUUGAAAAAAAAAUCAUAUCUACUAACAAACAAAAAUUAAAGACAGACAAACAGGAAGAGAAUAAUUCUAUUACCGUCAUUAAAGAUUCUGAUGUUGGCAAUGAUGCUAGUUCUACAGAUGAAGAAGAAUUACAAAGUAAUUCAGGAAUCGAGAAUGAAAUAAAGGAUGAAAUGCUCGAUAAUUCUCAGAAUUCCGUUAAUACCCCCGAAAUACCAUUGACGGGUUGGCAAAAGAAAGUGUUGGCAAGACAAGAGUAUCGUAAAAAAUUAGCAGAAGAUCCCGCAUUUGUACCUCAUCUUGGCGAAUUCUGGGGACAUGAUGAUCGGUUUAUUAAGGAUGAACUUAAAAAUGAUUUUGAUUCACAUCAUCGUAAACCGCCAUUCGCUUCUAGAGGUAGAGGUGUAUGGGGAAAUUCUCCUCCAAGGGGUCGAUGGGAUCAUGACGGGUUUCAAGAAUUGAUGAAGAUUGAAGACGAAGAGAAAUAUAGAAAGGGUUAUCAACGUAGGAUACAACAUCGUCGCGAAAUUUUUCCUACGCCACCUCGACGUCAAUCACAUAACAUUACACCUCCGAAGUCAAAUUAUUCACGACCUUCGAACUUUUCGAAUGGAAGGAGAAGAGGUUCAACUGAAGAAAAAUCCAGAUCAAGAGGGAAGUUCUUUUCAAAAUUUGAUGCAAAGAAUAAAGAAGGGAGUGUAAAUUCUGAUGAUUUUAACCAAAAUAAUAAACCGAGUGUAGGUGAAAAUGUAUCAGAAAAUUCAUAUAACGACAACGGGGAAAACAUAACUUCGUCCCAACUUAAUGAUAAUAAUCCUUCCACAGAAAAAGAUAGUAUGUCUCAAUCAAGAGGUAGAAACGGAUUUCGUGGAAGGGGUUAUAGUAGUAGACAUUAUAUGCGUUCAAAUUUAAAUCGGGAUCGCUCUUUUAAUUCUAGCCAAGUUGUUAAUGAAAUGGUAAAUGGCAAAAAAAAUGUAGUUCAGGACAAAUCUGUAAAACAACAUUUAAAUGAAGAUGUGAAAAAUACUAAAGUCUCGGAUGUUGUGCAUAACGGAAGUAAUGAAAAUGAACUUGAAAAGAAUAAAGAUAAGGUUGCGGAAAUUCAAGUUGAAGAGGUGAGAAAGGAACAAGAUUCAACAGAUGUGAAUGCUAUUGCGUCAAGUUCAUUCACAACGGGAGGAACAGAGUCAAAAUCCUCAACAAAAGAACAAGAUAGAGUCUAUGAAGGAUCAAAUGAAGGAUCCGAAGUCGAAAUUAUUUUAGAUCCUCAGAGUAAAAAAGCGAUUGAAAAUAAUGGAACCCAUUCUACUUCAGAAUCAAUAAACAAUAUUACUUCAAGCUUUAAUGAUUUAUCUAUUAGUAAUAAUAAUCAAAAUGAUAAAGAUCGAGUUCAAACCAAUCAGGCAUCUAAAAGGUAUUCAACCAAAAGAGCUGCUUCUUCCUCGACAAUACAGCAACAAACUCCAACAAAUGAAUCAUCGUUAAAAGAAGUAUCAAAUAACUCUCGAACGAGUGAAAUCCCACCAUCAGCUGUCUUUGCACCUCCGUUCCAACCGAGAGCACAUGCUCUUUCUAAUGACAAUCCCAUUUCCAACGAGGGCACAUCAAAUAAUUUCCUUUUACAAAAACCACCAAUCUCAUAUUAUACGGAUAAUUUACCUCAAGGAUUAAGAAAUAAUCUUUCAUCUGAAAAUAAUUUGCCACAUCCAACGCCUGCUCCAUAUGCGAUAAUUCCGUUAAAUCAUCUUCGUUUGUAA